AUGGGAGCUUUGGUAGUAAAAUCUCUCAAAUAUCUUCUACUUGUUCUCAUCUCAUUAACCUUCAUCUACACCAAUGAAGUCUCAUCCGCUUCUCCAGUGACUCCACCGGCAGCAAAGAUGAGCCGAAAACUUGUGGCGGUUCAAGGCAUGGUUUAUUGCAAGUCUUGCAAGUACUCCGGCAUUGAUACGCUCCAAGAAGCAUCUCCUCUUCAAGGAGCGACUGUAAAGCUUGCAUGCAACAACACAAAGAGAGGUGUGACGAUGGAGACAACAACAGACAAAAACGGAUACUUCUUCAUGUUAGCUCCGAAUAAACUCACCACCUACGCUUUCCACACGUGCCGGGCUUGGCCCACGAACCCCGGUCCCGCUUCUGCAACGGUGACAUGCACCGUCCCUUCACAGCUCAACAAUGGAACCACCGGUGCUAUGCUUAAGCCUUCUAAAUCGAUCAACAUUGCUGAACACGACUAUGUUCUAUUCUCUGUUGGUCCCUUCGCGUUUGAACCGGCCUGUGCUGGUUAA